CUUUUCAUAAAUAAAUGUCCAUUUCGUAAAAGAAUCCAUAAGUUUUAAAAUAACGAAAAACAAGUAAAAGAUUGAUUUUAAGAGUUAAAUUUUUAAUAGGCUCAAGGGAUAAAAAUAUUGAAUCGAAUGAUUGGGUAUGACCAGACCACCCCAGACAGACACAGCCAUGACCGUCCAUAUAUAGUACUUUAAGACGUCCAAAUUGGUUCCAGAUCCAGUUCCACCUGGUCUAUUCUAUCCCUGGCCAAACGGAGGCCCAGCUACUUCGAUAAAGGCCAGCAGUUGAUCGUUAUCGUGCCGUCUAAAACUACAAAUCCAAAUUCACUUAUUAUUUACAAUAUUCGAAAGACAGAUAUAUAUUGAAAGGUAUUGGGCAGCUGGGUGGGAUUUGGUGACAAUACCUGGAACUAUUUACUGACCACAUACACAAAAUGGACCAGUAUCUACGCCGUCGUGAGGGCGGAUUCAGCCAGCAAGGAGAUACGAAUUUUGUGUUCCGGCGUAUUUAUAGCAGUGUAAACAUGUUCAAUAGUUACCAUGCCAAUUGCCAACCCGUUGAGCCGGGACAACAUACAGGAGCCAUAUUUAAUUUGGACUUCAAUCCCGAUGGCAAUGUCUUGGUAGCGGCCACAGAGCGCAAAUGUGUCCUGGUCUUUGAUGCCAUAACCCAGCGUGAAAUCUUUAAUAUACCCGAUGCUCAUACAGACAGUGUAAACUGCAUAAAAUUCUUAGACGAACGUCUGUUUGCCACGGGCUCUGAUGAUUUCACAGUGGCUCUAUGGGAUUUGCGCAAUAUGAAACAGAAGCUUCGCGUUCUACAUGGCCACUCCAAUUGGGUGAAGAACAUAGAAUAUUCGUCCAAGGACAAACUACUGGUCAGCUCGGGUUUUGAUGGCAGCAUCUUCACAUGGGACAUUAACUCACACACAGAGCAAGGAUUAAUCUCGCAGCGUGUGUUCCAUGCCAGUGGACUGAUGAGAUGCCGCAUCUCACCAGCCGGUGAUAAAUUGGUUCUGUGUACCAGCGGUGGUUACAUUAUGAUUAUCCAUCACUUGGAUUUGACCACCCUGCACAAAGAUUUGUGUGGAUUUCGACCCGGCAUUUACCGUCUUAUGCAAUUGGGCGAGCAAUAUAUUCCUCAGGCUGCCAAGUAUGACCAUGUGUUUUCAAAGCGUCAAAAGAAGAAUCGUGUGGAAUUAGUCACCGAUUUUCCGGAGCAAAAUGAUGCCGAAAUGAUAACCGCCUUGCAGAUUCAUCCGCAGUGUCUCUGCAUGCUGACGCGUAAUGUGAGCUGCGAUGAGCAAAGUGAAUGGACCUGCAUACAUGAUAUCAAUGAGGAGACUACUCCAGCUGAUGAGGACACAGAGGAAGAGGAACCAGUGGUGAAGCGAAAGCGUGUAUCGACACCCAGCUCCACCAGCAGCAGUAGCAGUAAUAGUAGCAGCAGCAGCAGUAACGGUAGCGGUAACGGUAACGCGAGCGAUAACAGUACUAGCGGUAGCAGUACCGACAGUGGUAGCAGCAGCCGGAGCAGUUCGGCAUCAUCGACAGGCGAACGCGCUCAGUAUCCAACGCAAGCUGAUGCCCUCCUCAUGCGACCAUUGCGCCGUCCCACACGAAGUGUUCAAGUCAUACAUCUAGAGAAUGCUGCCUCUGCACGAGCCGCAGCUGCUGCUAGCAAUUCGCAGGCCACACCCAGAACAGAUUCCUAUAUUCCAGACAUAUGGGCAGCAGAAGUGACAGUGCAAGAGCGAGCCAUACGCCAGAGUCGGGCACGCAAUUCGAGCAAUCAUGUCAGCGGUUAUAAUUUCGUCUACGCUAUCAGCAGUGGCGUCUUGCCACUACGUCCUUCCGUGGCCAGUCGCCUGGUGGUUAAUAGCACGCGUCAGCGUCCUAACGCCGAGCCGUCCACCACGCCGCCAACAGGUGCCGCCAGUGGCAACAAUAGUGAGACCACUGUCCGAUUUGAGAUUAGUCCCCGCCUGCGUAUACGCCCCUUUAUAGACAGCCCAAACGUGAGUGUGGCGGCCAUGAAACAGAAAGGACAUUCGAUUAUGAUGAAUGCCAAAAAAUUACUCUACUAUGCCUCAGAGACGAAUACCAAGGCUAGUUUUAUCAAAGAACCCGGCUUUUCGGCCGAUGGCAGAAUCAUCUGCUCACCUUAUGGCAAUGGAGUUCGCCUGUUGGGCUAUUCUGCUAAUUGCAUGGAAUAUCCUAGAUAUCAAGUGUUCGAUGAGGUCAAACGCAGCCCCCGGCCUCUGGUAGAGAUAGCCACGAUAACGGAGCAUCAGGAUGUGGUGCUGUGUGCCAAGUUUAGUCCACGUGAACCACUUCUAGUAACUGGAUGCAAUGCUGGUGAAAUUACCUGGUAUAGACCAAAUCUUUAGAUAGAUGACUACCAUCCUCCGCCAUCCAAUUCACAAUCUUUUUACAUAUAUUGGCGAUAAAAUAUUAUAAAUAUAUAAUUUGCGAGACGAGAUUCCGGUGAAGUCUAUAUUCAAGUUAA